GCGAACAGGCCCGACCUAUCGCCACUGAUACGAAGGGCGCACACCUCGAAGAAUCUUCCAGUUCGUCGGCCCCUUCCUCCGCCAGCGCCGCCGGACCUGCCUCCAGUUCCUCCUCCGAAGCACGCCGGCUAGCCACUCUUCCCCCAUCGUCAUCCUCGUUUCCCGGCUACUUUCCUCUUCCUUUUCCGCUCCACCCUCUUGGCCUUAUUUCCUAGCGGCGACGACAAGGCGAGCAGCCACCCCUGCUUGGCCCAGGUCUUUCGUCGGGCGACCACCUGGGCCUUCAUCGAGCGCCGGCGACGAACAUCCGACAGAAAUUACCUCUGCCCCCAGGCCCCAGAGCAAGUUGUGUAGAAGAUGGGUAUCCUUGAGAGGAUCAAGGAGAUUGAGGCCGAGAUGGCUCGGACGCAGAAAAACAAAGCAACAGAAUAUCAUCUUGGACAACUGAAGGCAAAGUUAGCAAAGUUGAGGACACAACUAUUGGAGCCUCCAAAGGGUUCCAGUGGAGGAGGAGAUGGAUUUGAAGUCACAAAGUUCGGGCAUGGUCGUGUUGCGCUUAUUGGAUUUCCCAGUGUUGGAAAGUCAACCCUUUUAACUAUGUUGACCGGGACACAUUCUGAAGCUGCAUCAUAUGAGUUCACAACCCUCACCUGCAUUCCUGGAAUUAUUCACUACAAUGAUACCAAAAUCCAGCUUCUUGAUCUUCCCGGUAUCAUUGAAGGAGCCUCUGAAGGCAAGGGGCGUGGUAGGCAGGUUAUUGCUGUUGCGAAGUCAUCAGACCUUGUACUGAUGGUCCUGGAUGCAUCAAAGAGUGAAGGACAUCGCCAAAUAUUAACAAGAGAACUGGAAGCCGUUGGGCUCCGUCUCAACAAAAGGCCUCCCCAGAUAUACUUCAAAAGGAAGAAGACUGGUGGGAUUUCUUUCAACACCACAGCACCUUUGACUCAUAUUGAUGAGAAGCUCUGCUAUCAGAUUUUGCACGAGUACAAAAUUCACAAUGCUGAGGUGUUAUUCCGCGAAGAUGCUACUGUGGAUGAUCUCAUCGAUGUCAUUGAAGGAAAUCGAAAGUACAUUAAGUGUGUUUAUGUAUAUAACAAGAUUGAUGUUGUUGGUAUUGAUGAUGUGGAUAAUCUUGCUCGGCAACCAAAUUCACUAGUGAUCAGCUGCAACUUGAAGCUGAACUUGGACAGGCUACUGGCAAGAAUGUGGGAGGAGAUGGGUCUAGUGAGGGUGUACACCAAGCCACAGGGCCAGCAACCUGAUUUCACGGAUCCAGUUGUUCUUUCUACUGAUAGAGGUGGAUGCACAGUUGAAGACUUCUGCAAUCAUAUCCAUAGAAGCUUGCUCAAAGAUGUGAAAUAUGUGCUUGUAUGGGGAACCAGUGCAAGGCACUAUCCACAGCAUUGUGGGCUCAGCCAUGGCCUUCAAGACGAGGAUGUCGUCCAGAUAGUAAAGAAGAAGGAAAAGGAGGAGGGUGGGCGAGGCCGGUUCAAGUCCCACACGAAUGCUCCAGAUCGGAUAUCUGACCGGGUGAAGAAAGCUCCUCUGAAGACAGGUCCAAAUCUCCGACCCGCAAACUCGCCUCUCACUCCACCCGUCGCCCGAUCUCCUGCUCCGGCGAUGGCGCCGGCGGCGGCAACGGCCGCGGCGGGGCGGAAGUCUCCGGUCACCGUGCUCCUCCUCUACGUAGCGUGCGCCUUCAUCCUGCUGUUUCUCCUCACCUCCUACUCCCCCCGCCUCCAGCCCCACUCCCACGGCCGCAGCCUCCACCGCCGCCUCAAGCUCCACCCCAAGAGCUUCCCAUCCUCCCCUGCUGCCUCCGGUGGGAGCGAGGGGCAUCAGCAGCAGCAGCGGAACCACCACCACCACGCGGCUUCCUUCGACCCGGCCAUUGCCGAGCUGGAGCGCCGGCUGGACGACAAGGAGUGGGAGCGCGAGCACUACCGCCUCCUCCACGGCGACGAAGACGGCGACGGGCCGGACGAUCACAUGAAGGAGUGGGAGGAAUUCCUCAAGGAGGAGGAGGACUUCAUCAACGACGACGACCGUUUCAACCUCGCCGACCGCAUCCACGCGCUCUUCCCCAAGAUCGACGUGUCCCCGACGGACGGCUUCGUAUCCCUCGACGAGCUCACCAGAUGGAACCUCGAGCAGGCUAGGGCCGACCAGCACCACCGCUCCGCCAGGGAGAUGGAGCUCUACGACAAGAAAGGCAACGGGAUCGUCUCCUUCGCGACCUUCAACACGCUGCGCCAAGAGUCCCAUGGAGACGGUAAUAUGCUGGGGUUCCCAUGGUGGAAGGAGGAGCACUUCAACGCUUCAGAUGCAAACGGCGAUGGUUUCCUUGAUAAAUCUGAGUUUAAUGAUUUCCUUAACCCAAGUGAUUCGGAUAAUCCCAAAAUCAUCAAUUUGCUCUCCAAACAAGAAAUAAGGCAGAGGGACAAAGAUGGUGAUGGAAAGCUAAACUUUGAUGAAUACUUUAAUGGACUACAUGACCAUAUACAUGGUUAUGAUGAUGAGAAUGCAGAUAUUUCCCAUAUUGGGAACAUCACAGUUGCAAAGGAUCGGUUCUCCAAACUUGACAAAGAUAAUGAUGGGUUUAUUUCGGAGCAGGAACUAGAACCUGUUCUUGAUAAGCUCUAUCUUUCUGAACGCUAUUAUGCUAGACAGCAAGCCAUCCAUGCUAUUUCAGAGGCAGACAAGGAUCAUGACGGGAGGCUAGCUUUGGACGAGAUGAUUGAGAACCCCUAUGUAUUUUAUGGCAGUGUGUACCUUAGUGAUGACGACGACUAUUUCCAUGACGAGUUCCGCUGAGGCAGCUGCAGGUUGUCGUUAUCCUGACCACGCAAGCAAUGCGUAACAUAUCAGCAUCAAGGUGCACACUGUCGGUUCGUAAUGUCUAGCCUACUAUCUCGCACACCGAGAUGCGCUGCUGACAGACAGAAUGGAGAGCUUAGAGUUACUGCCGUAUAAAAUUACGAAUUAGUCGCUUGGUUGUUUUUUCAAGUUGUUUCUGUUAAAAUGGAAGGACGGCAGCAUCCUAGUAGUACCAGCCCAGGGAUGUGGAUGUUACAUCAUCACCUUUGUGUUAGGCCGAGCUGGCACUGUCUCCUUGCUGUAAAAUGCAUUGUAGUAGUCCAGGAGAACAAUGAGUGGGACGUCCUGUCGUCGGUGACGAAGGGAUUCAAAUCAAAGUCUAACACGGAUCAUGCUGUUCGGUGCCUGUGAAUGAAUGGUAUACUCUGAAUGAA